AUGCGCGCUAUAGCGCGAACAAAGAAAGUUCACAAAGAGGAUAAGCUAUUAGAAGCAGCUGUAGCCAGACGGGAAGAGUACGAUCAAGCACAAGCUGCAAAACAAGCCGAGAACGUGAAGAACGCUCCAGGAAACGAAAAACUCGAAUCGAUGGACGAUGCAGCACCGGAACCUACCAAGACGGCAACAAUCAACGUGAAGACUAUGAAGAGAGCGGAUGGUAGUUAUCCUCCAUGGAUGAGUGGAGUGUGAGU